AUAUCUGGCACUGUGGGAGAAUAUCUGGCACUGGGUGCAUAUACCUGGCACUGUGGGGGAAUAUCUGGCACUGGGAGCAUAUGUGGCACUGGGAGCACGGCCCUAGCAACAAGCACUACCCACUAGCAACGAGCAUGACACCCAGUGCAUGAAACCCCUGGCAACGAGCAUGACAUCCUGGCACCGUGCAUGGAACCAAGUGCAUGAAACCCCUGGCAACAAGCAGGUACCCCAUUGCAGAGAAUCCACCGUAUACAUUAGGUUGCAAAGAUGUCAAAGAAACCAUCGGGAGCAGAGUACCGGAAGAAGGCAAAGGAAAGAGAACAAGCAGCACAACGAUCAUCGUCCUUGAUGUCAUCAUGGCUGAGUGACAAAAGCUCCAACAAAGGUGAAAUGGAAAAGAGCUGUGAUUUGGAGGCAGAUAAGACACAAGAGAAGAUUAGGGAUCAGCAGGAAGAUAUUUCAAGCAGUACCAUUUCUACAGACAUUCACAACCAGGACACCAUUUCUGGAACCUCGGCAGGCACACAAGGUGUUAGUUGCAUGGAUUUUGCUUUUGAUUUCAAUGACCCAGGUACAUGGCCAAGUAGAAUUUCUGAUCCUGAGAGAUGUUUCAUCACAAGAAUGAGAGCAGGGACCCAACAUAAUCCUGAUCUAAGCAGAAGCUUGAGAGAUGGAAGACAUCUCACAAAGGAGUGGUUUUUCAAACAACUACCAAAUGGUCAAAAAGUAAACAGAUCAUGGCUAGGUUAUAGCCAAACAAAAAAUGCUUUGUUCUGCAUUCCAUGUAGGCUAUUUUCACAAGCUUCAUCAGAGACAACACUGCCCUAUUUGGCUAAAGAGGAAGGUUUAACUCAGUGGCGAAAGCUCAGUGACAAAAUCCCAGACCACGAGAACUCCCUACAUCACAAAUCACGUUUUUGUAAUUGGAAAACUCUUGAAACCUCCCUCGGAAUUGGUGGUAUAGACAGAGAACUGCAACUCCAGAUAGCGAAGGAAGAAAAACAUUGGCGAGUAGUCUUGCAUUGUAUUAUAGAUGCUAUUAUGUUCUUGGCCAAGCAGGGGAGUCCCUUGAGAGGAUCUCAAAAAAGUAGUGAUUUUGGGAAUCCCAACAGUGGCAAAUUUCUAAACACCAUAGACCUUAUAUCACACUACCACGCUCCUUUGCGUGAACACAUAGAACGGCACAAGAAAGGCCAAGUGACCUACUUUUCUUCAGCGAUUCAAGAUGAAUUCCUUAAAAUAAUUGCAGGAAAAGUAAGACAAGAUAUACUGAAUGAAAUAAAAGAAGCUAGAUAUUUUGCGCUCAUGUUUGAUUGCACUCCAGAUGUGAGCAAACUUGAACAAAUGACAGAGGUAAUUAGAUAUGUCAAAGUAAGUGAAAAUGGCCCAGAAAUUGUAGAAAGUUUUAUUGACUUUUUUGUAGUUUCUGACAAGACAGGCCUUGGUCUGAGUGAAGAAAUCCUCAAGAAAGUCCAAAAUGAUGGUUUAGACAUGAAGUUUUGCAGAGGUCAGUCAUAUGAUAAUGGAGCAAAUAUGGCUGGAGUUUAUAAAGGCGUCCAGGCAAGAAUACUCCAAGAAAACGAAUUGGCAUAUUUUGUGCCUUGUGCGGCACACUCACUAAAUUUAGUAGGAGUACAUGCUGCUGAUAUAUCUCCUGAAGCACAGACCUUCUUUGGGACACUUCACUCUCUCUAUCUGUACUUUGCAGCAUCAACUUCAAGAUGGGAAAUUUUGAAGAAACAUGUCCCAACCUCACUAAGAUCACAAAGUAAGACGAGAUGGUCAGCGAAGAUGGAAGCUGUUGAGGCAGUAUACAAACAUUUAGAUAAAGUUAUGAAGGCCCUGGAAGAAUUGGGGACCAACCCUCUGUCUUCUCCAGAAACUAAGUCAGAGGCAAACUCUCUGUUAAAACACAUAAGCAAGUUUGAAUUUAUCAUCAUCACUUGUUUCUGGUAUGGAAUCCUAAGAAAGAUUGACCGUGUGAGUCAGUAUCUACAGAGAGAUGAUGUAACAGUUGACAAGGCAGUAAGAAAUAUACGUGGGCUGAUAAACCUGAUUCAGUCAGCAAGAGAGAGUGCUGUGCCCGAAGCUAUAACUGAGGCUAAAGAUAUAGCACACACUAACAAUCUUACAACUGAUUUUAAAGAAACAAGAAGUAGAAAGAAAAAGAGGAUGUUUGAUGAAAGUGAAACUCCUGGUGAUGAUGCAUCUAACAUCUCACAGGAAAAAUUGUUUAGGAUCUCACUAUUGGAAAUUAUUGAUCGAAUAAUAAGUGAACUUAAUAAGAGAUUUCUAGCACUAGAAAAAAUCAAUGAAAAAUUUGGAUUCCUACAUGGAAUGGAACUACAGAAAUCAGAAACAAAGCAUCUGAAAACACAAGCAAAGGAACUGGCACAAAUUUACAAGGAAGAUAUAAAUGAAGAAGAGUUCCUCCAUGAAAUCGAGAGUUUUAAAUUUCAUGCAUUGGAAGUCGACGAAAAGAUGAAAUCAUCCCCUCCAGCGACCAUCUUGACCCUUAUCUACAAACAUAGGCUUGAAGAGGCAUAUCCUAAUAUCACUACAGCACUUCAAAUUUUUCUAACACUUCCAGUCUCUGUCGCCUCCAGGGAAAGAAGUUUUAGUAAAUUAAAACUUAUUAAAACCUACCUAAGGAAUACCAUGGGUCAGGAAAGGCUGACAAACCUCAGCAUAAUUUCAAUUGAACACAAGAGAGCCUCCACUCUAUGCUAUGAAGACAUUAUAAAAAUAUUUGCUGCUAAAAAAGCUAGGAGAGUACAGCUUUAAUUGAUUUUUGUGUGCAUCUGUGUUUUAUAUUGUAACCAGUAGUGGCUGAAUGUAUGUUUACUUCUGCUAAGCAGUUCCCCCUGCACUAUAUGGUCGGCACUGCAAGCGCCACUGAUUAUAAAUAUUAUGUUAUUUCAAUAAUUGUAAUUUGAAUAAAACAAUUUGGAUAUUUGAUGGUGUUAUUUAAGAAACCUAACUCAAUAUUUUUAAGGGAUGGAUAUUACAUUU